GCUUUAGUUGAGGGUGGGGCGCCAGAGGGAGAGAGAACGUCCUCUAGCUGUGUGCAAGGACACGGCCCUGAACGGUAAAACAGCUUUACUGCUGUUUCAAGCAUCUUGCGGGACGGGGAAAAGGUUCAUCAAUCGAUUUGAGUUUCGACUUUGGGAUAAGUGCGUGUUUAGCGUUUAUACACUGAAUUGUGAUUGCCUGAAUUAAGUUUUCAAACGUCGGCGUGUCACGAAUUUGAAGAAGUUUACAAAAGUUUUCCAAAAUCGCAAACUCCAGUCGGACGACAGGAGAGGAGAUAAUAUGAUUCUUCAAGGAGACCAGCUCCCUCUCCAAUAAGAUAAUGGAGUCUUACAUCCGUGGAGGAUGGUGGCGAUGGAAGUUCCGUAACGUCCUGCCAGUUGCCCUGCUGUGGAUGUCCCUGCAAAGACAAGCAGUGUUGAGCUGUAGUAACUCCAACUGCGUUGUGGUGCUCAAGGACUCCCAGGGUGCAUUCACCUCCCCCUGCUACCCCCAAGAUUACCCCAGUAGUCAGGCCUGCAAGUGGACUCUGCAGGCUCCAGCUGGAUUCAUUGUGCAAAUAACCUUCCUCGACUUUGAGCUUGAGGAGGCCCUUGGGUGCAUCUACGACCGCAUCAUUGUCAACACCGGCAACCAAGAUGUUAAAUUUUGUGGCUUAACAGCCAACGGACUGACGCUAAACUCCACCGGCAAUGUGAUGGAGGUGUCAUUUAACUCAGACUUUAGCGUCCAAAAGAAAGGAUUCAGUGUCAGUUACAGGCAAGUUGCCGUGGCACUAAGGAACCAGAAGGUCACAGUGUCCAACGGCGCAGGCAAAGUGGUCCAAGUCUCCAACUCGGUGACCAUACCUACCCUUCAGCAGUUCACCGUGUGCUUCGAGAUAGCCCAGCCCAACCAAAAGAGCAAGGAGACUAUCUUCUCUUACACCCGGCAGGAGGACAGCAGCGGUGAAGAAGCCCUCAGCUUCGGAAAUAACCAGAAUGGAGUGGCGCUGGUCAUGAGUAACGAGACAUGUCUGAUAGACUCUAUCCUCAACGCCUCGGACUUCACUUCCACCAUGAAGCAAUUCUGUCUCACGUGGGCCUCCACCACAGGCAAAGUGACCCUCUACUACAACAGCAACUACAGUGUCAAGACCUGCUCCAACACGAUUGGGCGCUCGGUGGGGGCUGGGGGGCUCUUCAGGCUGGGGUCCCAUAGCAGCUUUGAUGGGACCAUCUAUAACUUCCGCCUGUGGGAUUACGCCAUGGACAGGACACAGCUGGUCGCCCUCACCUGUGACGCCGUCGGCAACGUCAUCGACUGGGACAACAGCUUCUGGGACAUCCCCUCUUCACUGGCACAGACGGACAGCGCACUGAGCUGCAUCUGUUUCCCACAUUGCAUACACUUAACAACGGCUGCUCCAUCUAGUGUCAAUAUGCCAAAUCUAUACACAAAUAGACGAUUAUUAGUCUUGUGUCAUGCAUCAAAAGCCUCCAUUCAAGACCAACCAGGUACCUCUGUACCCGUCUAUACAUCACAGAUCACCAGCUGUGCCUCUCCUGGACUGGGCUGCCCAGCAACAUUAACUUCCACCAGCUCAUCCAUUGUCACCACUAACAUGAUUGCUACUAAUUCAACAACCCACGCUCUCUCUGCUACCACUUCAUCUGCCACCACUACUAGCAUGCCUCUAACUACCAGCUCAUCAACUGCAACAUUAACUUCCACCAGCUCAUCCAUUGUCACCACUAACAUGAUUGCUACUAAUUCAACAACCCACGCUCUCUCUGCUACCACUUCAUCUGCCACCACUACUAGCAUGCCUCUAACUACCAGCUCAUCAACUGUUCAAACCACUACCACGACCACUACUGCAGCUACAACUAAUGUGCCGACAUUACCCAGCACAACCACUGCAGCCGCUACUAACACAACUCUAUUCUACAGCACAACCAAUGCACUGACAGCUUCUGCUACAACCAUUGUUUCAAACCCAGCUACAACUAACUUGCCUACCACUAACAACACAGCGCGUGAGGGUCUUUUCUACAGGAUCUCCUUUGUUGUCAAUGACAAGGAGGCCAAACUAACAGAGUCUGAUGUUGAGAAAACUGUUGCACAAUGGCUCAAUCAAACAUUCCAAAACUGGACACAUGUGGUCUAUGUCGAUAAUUUCAGUAUCCAGCCUAACAGUGACUCACAGCUUAAGAGGAGUGCCAGUAAAAAAUACACUUGCCAGGCUCUGCUGGUCUAUCAGACCUCUACCAAUGUGACCCUGGGAGAAGUAGCCAUCUCCACCAGGGUGGUGGGAAGAAGCACUAACAUUGGCAAUGGACUGGAACUAGAAACUGUCGCCGUGCAGUCUGUCGAGAACUGCCCGGAGGAAACUCCCCUCCAUUAUAUCUGGCCAGAGAGCAGACCAACGGUCACUCAGUAUGUCCCCUGUUUCCCCAACAAAGACCAGAACACAUCCAGAACAUGUGUGAUCAGCCCCCUGAAUUACACUGCGUUUUGGGGCGCCCCAGACCUCAGUAAUUGCACUGAUAUCGAUUCCAUCAAUGUUUCGGCAGAGAACGCUGCUGAAGUUGCCGACCAGCUUGCUGACAUCACCAACAACGAGCUCUCCACAGACGAGGUGUCCAAGGUGGUGGACAAAGUGAAGGAGCUGGUCAACGUGGCCAAGAUCAACACCACUCUGGCCACCACCGUAUUGAACAUCAUCUCCAACGUGAUGACCAGCUCUGUGUCAGCCCUGGCUGUAGCCUCAGAGAGGACAUUGAAGACGGUAGAUGAGCUGGUUCAGAAGUUAGAGUUUGAUGGGCCUUCAGUGAGCAUCACCUCUAAAAAUCUGGCUCUGGGCAUCUCAACACUGAACCAUGGCAAGUUCAACGGGACCUCCUUCAGUGCCUUCAUACAGCCCAACACCACAGACCUCCAGAUUGACUUUGAGUCUAAUCAGCUGAAUCCCCUGGCUCAGGUCACACUGCCAGCUACUUUGCUCAAAAACCUAACCGACGCUGAGACCGCUGCCAUCUCCAGGAUUAACUUCAUGUUCUUCAGCAAGAUAGGACUAUUCCAGGAUAAACAGGACGGGUUGUCUCUUAACAGCUAUGUUGUGGCCAGUAGUGUGGGCAAUUACUCCAUCAGUAACCUGCAGGAUCCCGUGGAGAUUGAGAUAUUACACCUGAACUACCAGCCAAAGCCAAAGCCAACCUGCAUGUUCUGGGAUUUUAUCAUGAAAAAUGGUUCAGGUGGCUGGAACAGUAAAGGCUGCAGGGUUAGUCCCAUGUCCAAUGGAAACAAGACUAUCUGCCUCUGUGACCAUCUCACACACUUUGGCAUCCUAAUGGAUAUCUCUGGAUCCGCUGCACAGAUUGAUGAGAAAAACACCAAGAUUCUUACCUUCAUCACCUACAUCGGCUGUGGCAUAUCGGCCAUCUUCUCUGCUGUAACGCUUCUGACUUAUAUCGCCUUUGAGAAGUUGCGUCGUGACUACCCGUCCAAGAUCCUGAUGAACCUGAGCACGUCACUGCUCUUCCUCAACAUGGUGUUCCUAUUGGAUGGCUGGCUGGCCUCCUUCGAAAUGGAGGGCCUGUGUGUGGCUGUGGCUGUCUUCCUCCACUUCUUCCUGCUCACAUCCUUCACCUGGAUGGGCCUUGAGUCCAUCCACAUGUACAUCGCCCUGGUCAAAGUUUUCAACACCUACAUUCGGAGGUACAUUCUCAAGUUCUGCAUCGUCGGCUGGGGUCUGCCUGCUGCGAUAGUUGCUACAGUGGUAGCUAUUGACAAAAACUCCUAUGGGAAAAUGGAGUAUGGGAAGGGGGAGACUGGACAAGGCUCUUCUGAAUUCUGUUGGAUCCGGAGCCAUGUGGUGUUCUAUGUAACGUGUGUGGGCUACUUCUGUGUCAUCUUCCUCCUGAAUGUCGCCAUGUUCAUCGUGGUUAUGAUCCAGAUCUGCGGUCGUAACGGGAAGCGCAGCAACCGCACACUGCGUGAGGAGGUGCUGAGGAACCUGAGGAGCGUCAUCAGUCUCACCUUCCUCCUGGGCAUGACCUGGGGCUUCGCCUUCUUUGCCUGGGGACCCGUCAACCUGGCCUUCAUGUACCUCUUCUCCAUCUUCAACUCACUGCAAGGUUUAUUCAUCUUCAUAUUCCACUGUGCACUGAAAGAGAAUGUCCAGAAACAGUGGAGGAGAUACUUGUGUUGUGGCAGAUUCCGCCUGGCAGACAACUCAGACUGGAGCAAGACGGCCACUAACAACACCAAGAAGGUCAGCUCAGACACGGUGGGGAAGUCCCUGUCCUCCAGCUCUUUUGGCUCUAGUACAGCAAACUGGACUUCCAAGGCCAAAGCAACUCUAAACCCCUUUGCAAAGCGCAACAGUAAUGCAGGUAAAGGUUACUCCAACCAGACCAAUCUUAAAAGUGUCUCCUCGGAUGGUGAGGCCUCCUCUUCCUCCUCCUCCAUCAUCCCAGUGCACCAAGUCAUUGACAAGGUCAAAGGUUACUGCUCGGCGCGCUCUGACAACUUCUACAAGAACAUCAUCAUGUCGGACAGCUUCAGCCACAGCACCAAGUUCUAGACCACCCAGCACUUCUCUUCCUCCUCCUGCUUUUUCUGCUAGCCUCUAACCAGUGGUGAUCUCCCCCAGUCCACAGUGUCACCCCAGGGUUGUAGCUUCCAGAGCAGCAGGGCUGUAUUGUAUUUACUGUCAAAUAUUUGACUUAAUCAGCUGGUCCAGUCAGUGAGAUGUACUGAAAAGGGAAGUGGGGAAAUGCAUAGUCCUGUAGAAAAGGGAAGGGCUAAGUGGAGAAUGGAGUUUGGGAUUUACAUACUGUGACAUUAAUCUUUAACUGGCUAUGUGUUGUGUAAAUAUUUAUGGUAUAUCUAAUACGCCCCCUGUAAUUGAUUCUCAGUUGGUGUUGCACAUGCCUUGGGUUUUCAGUAGGGUCACCUUUCCUGUACAGAAAUAUCAACAAUCUUAACUGUUCUGUUCUCAUUCUGCAAUCUGUCGAACUCCAGUAUGAGCAACAGGGAAGCAAAAUCCUCCAAUCUGGACCAAAUAUUCAGGCUUAGGCCUAUAUUUCAAUCCCAAAGACUACCAAACAUCAGGGAGUUUUUAAAAGCUGUAGCGUUGUCAAUGUGUGCUCAAAAGGAACAGGUUGAGGUGUAGUUCUGGUUUUAGUCAUCUAUUUGUGAAUCCUGUAUGUGUUUAUUUGCUGGAAAGCAAUGUUAUGUUCCUUUACAGUGCCUUGCAUGAGGAGGUUUUGCAUAAAGUACUUUAUCUUGGUCAGCCUACCAACAUCAUCAUCAAAACGGUUAUAUUUGUCGUGUAUAUAUUUUUUAAACCUUCAGAUGCUCUACUACUGAAUAACACAUGCAGAAAUGGAUGUCUGGUAUUGGUCCAUUCACUACUACUUCAUUUUGGUCACUUCGAUUUAGGACAACCUCUGUGGGUGAUCUGUGUUUAAAGUGUCAUUUAGUCUGACUCUUCUAUGGAUAGAGGUCACCAGAGCCAUGUAUUUAAAUAAAUAUAUGGCUGUAGAGGUUACUAAACCCGCAGCCAUUAAACUUAGAUUUGGUAAGAUAGUUUCAUAAACAUUCCACAUUGAAUUAUUCCACAAUACAGCAACUCACAACAUACUGUAAUGAUUGAAAAGGGACGACAAACACUGGCAUUAUUUGUUCAUCCACGUUCAUGCCAACAUUUUAAAAUGGCAACAUGUUAAUCUGCUCUUCAGUGUUGUUUUAGUUCACUUAAUAUGGUAGUCUUAUUGUCCCACCAAUAGGGGAACUGAAUAUAUUGCAUUAUGAUAAAUGUUGCUGUGUGAGCUAUUGUUGUUUGUGUUUGUGAAGCGAUGGAACAAUGUUGUUUAAAAGUGUCUUUAUAUUUAUUUCUAUAGAGCUUUUUGCAUUUGUUGUUCCUCUUGAAUCCCCAAUGCCAGUUGAUCAGGACUAUGCCCCUGGAUAGAUAGAUAUACUGUUUUUGGAAAGAUGGAACUUGGUGGGUAAACAAAGCAUCGCUCUUGACCUGGGCAGGCGAAUAGGGCCAGUUAUGUUUUGGAAGCUGUCAGUGUUCUCAACUGUUAUUUUCCAGCAUCGGGAAAAUAAUUGGAGCAUCAAUGAGAAAUUCCCUCAGGGGCCAAAUUUCAAGAGGUAAUGUGGUGUUGAACAGAUUUGGGGUCUUCAUUUCAAGAAUUUGUGGGAAGGGAUUACAGUGGUUUGAGAUCGUAAGAUGAAGUUCUCAUCUUUACAAUGAAUUGGAAAAUGACUGCGGGCGUCAUCUUUAUACAUAUUUGAAUAAGAUAUCCCAAAAUACACAUUUCCCAAUAUUCAGAAAAGUAGUAAUCAACCUUUAUUAAGUAAUGUUAUUUGUUAUAGGCUAUUAUUUAGAGGUGCACAUUGUUCUAUCAAUGCAGAGAGAAUCCAGACAUAAUUUUCUCUGAUUCAUUUGUACAUUUCCCUAAUAAUUAAAUAAUGUUUCCAGGACAAAGAGCUAGGAAAUUACGAUGGUUAGAUCCAAACCAAUAUUGUACUUAAGAUGUAUCACUGAUUUAAUACGGAUGGUCUGGGUCUAUUUGAAAACGUUCUCCAAACCCUGUUAUUAGUUUUUCCACAACUUUUGUCAAUAAUAUAUUUUCUUGAAGCUGUCUCUGUAUGUCUCAACACCAUUGAUGAAUUGUGUUUCACCAAUAAAGGGAAUUAAAAGUA